AUGGACAAAGAAAAAUCAAAAUAUCGUUAUUCUUCAGAGAUUCAACAAAUGAUGUUUGUUUUCGGUGAGGUCUCAGAACCUUCACUUGAAACGAUAAAUCUAGUUGAAGAUAUCGUUCGCUCUCAAGUGAUUGAAAUUAUAAUACAAGCUGCAGCUCAAGCUUCAAAACGUGGGUCUAGGUACAUGAGCGCUGAAGACUUAAUUUUUUUAAUUCGUCAUGAUCGUGCUAAAGUAAAUCGAUUAAGAACCUACUUAAGUUGGAAAGAUGUACGAAAGAAUGCAAAAGAUUCGGGUGGUAAUGAUGCGACUGAAGAAAUAAUGGAAGAACCGAAUGCAGCCAAGGCACGAAAAAUGAAAGUUAAACUUUCCUGGGAACUUGUCAAUUCGUUUUCUGAAUUUUUAAAUGCUGACUCCGAUGACGAUGAUGAAGAAGAGUUAGAAGCUUAUAAUGAUUCUAUACAAAGAUUAAAGGAUGCUGAUGAAAUUACUCGAGCUAUGACUCGAGAGGAGUAUGUGCAUUAUUCAGAAUGUCGACAAGCAUCUUUCACAUAUAGGAAAGCAAAACGAUUUCGUGAAUGGGCCAACAUGUCUGCUUAUAUAGAUAUGAAACCUAAUGAUGACAUUAUAGAUAUUCUUGGAUUUCUUACAUUUGAGAUGGUUAGCACCUUAACCGAGACAGCUUUAAGGGUCAAAAGAGAUUUAGACAAGGACCAAAUGAUUCACAACAAGAGCCUCAAUCGCCCUAGAGGAAUAUUUGAAGAUGAACUUGAAAAUAGGAAUGUGUAUUUAUUUUCUUCACCUCCUUCAGAACAAACAGCUUUACAACCUUCACACAUUCAUGAGGCUUUUAGACGAUUACAAAUGCUUCUUCCCAAGCCAAUCAAAAAUUUUCGUGGAGGUUUGGUUAGAACUAAAGUUUCUCUUAUUUAG